AUGGAGGCAAUGAAAGUAACUUUCCGAGGAGCUUCAGCUGAGAACGUUGUUAUACCCGAUGUUGAAGUCGUCAACUUUCCGAGUGAAUAUGUUCUCACGGGAAUUAACAGACAUUUGCUGAGAUCACCAGAUUUCGAUGUUGAUAAGCUUGAGGGAAUUUCGGAUGGUGAUGUUCUAACGUUUAUUGACAAACUGCACGAUAUCACAGAGAACUCAACUCAGUCGAUAGGAACAAGUGAAACUCAUACCGACUCGUUAGUGGAUGAUCUGCUCCGCAUUGCUAGAUUGAAUACCUGGCCCUUAAAGAUUAAAAAUCACGAACCAUGCGCGAUAUACAUUGGUGAUGAACCUACUGUAUCAUCAGACCCCGAAUUUGUAAUAAAGAAGCGAAGCAUUUUUGUUCUUGUAGUAGAGGAUAAGCACCUGAAAAAUGUUGGGUACGCCACUGAUUUUGGGGAAUCACAGAUCGCUGUGGAGAUUCUCGCUUGCGGUAGUGAGAACAUACGUCUUGGUGAAACACCAAUAGAUCAAACAUUAUGGGCUAUUCGAGUGAUCUCUACAUAUGUUACUUUUUAUAAGGCUAUAAUUCCCGCAAUGUAUUGGAUGGAGCUUGCAAAUGGCCUACCAAAAGAACAGAAAGUUGAGGUUGAAAGAUGGCCGAUCGGCAAUGGUUUGAAGACUGGUUUUGAUCUUGCCGAACCAGCUGGAAGACGAACAGUAUUGACAGCAUUAACCAAAAUUCGUGAAUCACUUUUAAAACAACCCGCUUCCUCUACCCCACACACUGCCAUGGCACCCCAAGAUCAGGCGGAGCAGAGUAGUAAAAAGAAAGACAAACAGCAUCGGAAGUGA